GGGAUGGCGCUGUGUACCUUAUCCAUUUUCCACCCCUAUUAUUGUGUGUAUUUCUCUCGAAAGAAGAAGAUGAGCUAUGUGUUAAUAAUUGUUAUCAGUCGAAGUUUCCAUACUGAAAUCUAUAAAACUCUGAUAUUUGGAAAAUAUUGUGCUAAAGAUAAUUGAGGUGAACCAGUGCUAACACAGAAUGUCACAGAAUGCCAAACACCACCAGCAUGACACAGGGAGAUUUCAUGCCAUGGGUGUGAAGCAGGAGGUGACUGAUGCAGCUAGUCAUAGAAGUGCCCAUCAUCUAGAUUCAACACAUGAGGAGAACACUGUGACGAUGUCGUCAGUGCAACCUGUGAAGAAGCGUGGCUGGCCAAAGGGAAAGAAGAGAAAGAAGGUGCUACCUAACGGGCCCAAGGCUCCAGUUACGGGCUAUGUCCGCUUCCUGAAUGAACGGCGGGAGCAGAUCCGAGCCCUGCACCCCGAUCUGCCCUUCCCAGAGAUCACCAAGAGACUGGGGGCAGAGUGGAGCAGACUGGCCCCUCACGACAAACAGCGUUACUUGGAUGAGGCAGAGCGUGAAAAAGUCCAGUAUGCCCGAGAGCUACGGGAGUACCAACAGAGCGAAGCUUACCAGAUAACCACAGCCAAGGUUCAAGACAAGAAGAUAAAAAGGGAGGAGUUAACGUCGGUAAUAAUCAAUUCCAACAGUUCUGGACAAGCAGGCCUUAAGUCCCCAGAUUUCACGAAUGGGUUUGAUAUCCCCAUCUUCACAGAGGAGUUCUUAGAUCAAAACAAGGCCAGGGAGGCGGAGCUGCGGCGUCUACGCAAAGCCAACGUGGAGUUCGAGGAGCAGAAUGCUGUGCUGCAGAAGCACAUUGCUAAUAUGUACAGCGCCAAGGAGCGCUUGGAGGCAGAGCUGGGCCAAGAUGAGCAGCGGACCCAGGCCCUCCAGAGGCACCUCUUGGCCCUCAAGCAGACCCUCGUCAGCAGCCUGGCCGGAGUGCCACUCCCAGGUACAGGCGAGACCCCCUCCAUCAGCACAAUAGACUCCUACCUGAGCCGGUUGAGUAACGUGCUGGAGAACAGUCCCAAUGAGCACCGUGCCUUAUUGGUCAAGCUACAGGACGUCCUGGCACACCUUGAUGGGUAAGAGCGUGAGAAGAUGUAACAUGACGUCAACGAUUAAUAUUUUGGAGGGAUUUAAUUUUUUUUGUAUAUUUCAUGUUAUCCACUAAAUGAAAAAUGUUCUAAGAUGCCAUGAUAUGCAGAGCUUUGUUAACAAAUUAUGUACUACUGUUAUGUGUGCAAGAUGAAAUUCCGUUUCAAUUAAAAAAAUGCUCCUAAAUGUU